CACCACGACGGCGAGGAGGAGGAGGAGGAGGAGUACGGCACUCACACACUCUCUCACACACACACACACACCUCCACACACACACAUUCACACACACGUAACGGAGCACGAGCCCCAAAAAGCAGAAUAACGAGAAGAAGAAGAAGAAGAAGAAGAAGAAGGAAAAAAAUAAACAACAACAGCAAAACUUGAGGCGAACUCGGGCUCGGAGGUCACUUCCACUUUCGCUCUGGAAACUAACUGGUGGACUUUUAUUUUUGAAUUUUUCUUUUUUCCCUCCUUCUCUUCCCUCUCGAAUUUGAUGCUUGUGCUUAACGGGGAGGACGCACGGAUGCGCACGACGCACAAAUAACCCGCUUUGCCUUUUUUUCUCGCCGUUUUUUGCUCUUUUUUCUUCUCCAAAGUUGGCUCCCGUGCCCGCGGCCGCGUUGGAUCCGUCGGCGUACUGCGAGCCCCCUCCGGUGUACAACCCGGAGCUGUGCCCCAACAUGUUGGCGGCGCAGGCCAAGCUCGCGUACCACCUGAACAAGUACUACACGGAGAAGUGCCAGGCGCGCAAGGCGGCCGUGGCCAAGACCAUCCGGGACGUGUGCAAGGUAGUGUCGGACGUGCUGAAGGAGGUGGAGGUGCAGGAGCCGCGCUUCAUCAGCUCCCUCAACGAGCUGGACAACCGGUAUGAGGGCCUCGAGGUGGUCUCGCCCACCGAGUUCGAGGUGGUGCUCUACCUCAACCAGAUGGGCGUCUUCAACUUCGUGGACGACGGCUCGCUGCCCGGCUGCGCCGUGCUGAAGCUGAGCGACGGCAGGAAGCGCAGCAUGUCCCUGUGGGUCGAGUUCAUCACGGCUUCGGGCUACCUGUCGGCGCGCAAGAUCCGCUCGCGCUUCCAGACGCUCGUGGCGCAGGCCGUGGACAAGUGCAGCUACAGGGACGUGGUCAAGAUGGUGGCGGAUACCAGCGAGGUCAAGCUGAGGAUCAGAGACCGCUACGUCGUCCAGAUCACGCCCGCCUUCAAGUGCACGGGCAUCUGGCCGCGCAGCGCGGCGCACUGGCCGCUGCCGCACAUCCCGUGGCCGGGCCCCAACCGCGUUGCCGAGGUCAAGGCCGAGGGCUUCAACCUGCUCUCCAAGGAGUGCUACUCGCUGAACGGCAAGCAGAGCUCGGCGGAGAGCGACGCCUGGGUGCUGCAGUUCGCCGAGGCCGAGAACAGGCUGCUGCUGGGCGGCUGCAGGAAGAAGUGCCUGUCGGUGCUGAAGACGCUGCGCGACCGGCACCUGGAGCUGCCCGGCCAGCCGCUCAACAACUACCACAUGAAGACGCUGCUGUCGUACGAGUGCGAGAAGCACCCGCGCGAGAGCGACUGGGACGAGAACUGCCUGGGCGACCGGCUCAACGGCAUCCUCCUGCAGCUCAUCUCGUGCCUGCAGUGCCGCCGCUGCCCGCACUACUUCCUGCCCAACCUGGACCUUUUCCAAGGCAAGCCGCACUCGGCGCUGGAGAACGCGGCCAAGCAGACGUGGAGGCUGGCCAGGGAGAUACUGACCAACCCCAAAAGCCUGGAGAAGCUCUGAGGUUGAAAAAGAACGAGAGAACAGAACAAAAUAUGAAAGAAAGAAAGUACAUUCUGAUGUGACUUUGGAGACUGGAGAAGGAAAUAUUCACCAACACUAACAGGCCUGGAGAACAUCUGAGGUAAAAAAAAACAACAACAACAAAAAAAAACACCCCAAAAAAAAA